AUGCGUCUCCCGCUAGGGGCAGGCGCAGCACCGACAAGGGCAAGGGGGGCAAGGGAACUGGAGGGGCUAGCGGGGGCGGUGGAGGUGGUGGUGGAGGCAGUGGAGGGAGUGGGGGUGGUGGUGGGAGUGGUGGCGGGGGCGGAGGCAGCGGUGGCAGCAGUGGAGGCGGAGGAGGCGGCGGUGGUGGCGGAGGGAGCGGAGGCGGCAGAGGUGGCGGAGGAGGCGGAGGUGGCGGAGGCAGCGGAGGCGGAGGUGGCGGAGGCGGCGGAGGCGGCGGCGGCGGCGGCGGUGGAGCGGGUCGCGACUCUGCGCAGAGGAGUGGGUCCGGUGGUGGUCCGCGCCAGCAGCAGCAGGAGCAACAGAGGGCAAGAGGGGGGAGGGGGAACACCCCUCAAAGACGGGGCAAAGAGUGAGCUCACCAGUACGGGUAAGGAGGGCCGGGGCGCGCCGGUAGGACUGGUAGCAGCUCGACGGCAGGGCGGCUCGGCGGCUCAGCUGCUGGGCUGCUGGGCAGCUCGGCUGUCGGGCGGCUCGGCUGUCGGGCGGCUCGGCGGUCAGCUGCUGGGCGGCUCAGCGGCUCGGCUGCUGGGCGGCUCGGCGGCUCUGCUGCUGGGCGGCUCGGCUGUCGGGCGGCUCGGCGGCUCGGCGGCUCUGCUGCUGGGCGGCUCGGCUGUCGGGCGGCUCGGCGGCUCUGCUGCUGGGCGGCUCGGCUACUCUGCUGCUGGGCGGCUCGGCGGCUCUGCUGCUGGGCAGCUCGGUAGGGGCGGCUUGGGGCCGUUUGGGGACGGCGAUAGGGCCGUGUAG